AUGCCAUUUUCGCCGAUGAACGAUCAAUUUCCAUGCAAAGCCAAUCCUUUGGACGGCUCUUGGCCUUCUGAGUCGGAGUGGGCAGCAUUGAACACCUCUCUCGACGGUCGCCUUCUGCGUACCCAGCCUAUUGCAUCUUCCUGCUGGCACACUACCAACUUGGACUCGCCAUUCUCUUGCUCAGCUGUUCAAGCCAACUGGAGCUCAGGUCUCUUCCAUGCGUCAACGCCCGAAUCUAUCGACGCCUCAAUCUUCGCCAACAAUUCAUGCCUUCCAUCUGGGGUCGAUGGCUAUCUGGAAGGCAAAGGCUGCAGGCUUGGUGGACUCCCAUCCUAUAUUGUGAAUGCGACGACCGAGCAGUAUGUCGCGACGGCGAUGAAGUGGGCCACGGACCACAAUGUCAGAAUCGUGGUCAAAGGAACAGGGCAUGACCUCAACGGACGUUCGAGCGGAGCCUAUGGAAUCUCCAUUUGGACUCGUCACUUCAAUCACCUCAAACGUCAUACCACAUGGAAGGUACCCGGCUCGAAUCGAACAGAAGAUGUCUUCAUUGCAGGCAGCGGACUGAUGUGGGGCGAUGUCCUCCCAGAAGCCCUUCAUCAAGGUCGUGUCGUCACAACAGGUCAGGACCCAAGUGUUGGUUUGGGUGGGUACAUCCAAGGUGGUGGCCAUGGCCCAUUGGCAAACACCUACGGCCUGGCUGCACAACAAGUACUUCAAGCCACUAUUGUCACAACUGAAGGCCAAAUUCUCGUCCUCAACGAGUGCGAAAACACCGAUCUCUUCUGGGCCAUUCGCGGAGGCGGUGGCGGGCAGUAUGGUGUAGUCACAGAAUAUGUGAUCAAAUAUCAUCCUGCACCGUCAAAUGUGGUCACGGGGACACUUUCUCUCGCUCCUGUCGACGAGAGCAGGGCCAAUGCGUCUUGGAACGGAGCCGCAGUACUGUUUCGUCACCUGCCCGAUCUUAUGGAUGCCGGUCUCGCCGGGGCAAUGAGCAUGGCAUCAGGAUCCACUGCAUCCAGAUUCAAUCCAUCUUUGCCCAAUGGCACCAACGGCGCCUCGGUCACUCAGGUUUUCUGGGCUUUCAACACGACCGCUGAACAGGUGCAGGAUCUGGUUCGCCCAGUCAUUGACAAGAUGCGCGUCUAUGGCAACAAGAGCACUUUGUCCAUCACUUUCGAUCCGAAAGAUGUGGGUGACUACUCAGCUUUCUACAGUGCCAUCUCUGGCAGCAACACGGCGGGCCAAGGCGGCAUCUCUUCUAGUCGUCUGCUCGGCCGGGAUGAGCUUCUGGAGUCGCGCCACGACUCGCUAGUCUCGUACCUACGCCGCACAACCGCCGCCCAGAAUCAAACCGCAGGGACGUUCCUGACUGUCGGCCUAUCCGGCGGCCCAGGCGUCAUCAACACACCCGACUACCGCUGGGGUGCGUUGAACCCAUCUUGGCACAAAGCGUACCUGCACUUGCUCGUGGGUGGUGCAUCGACAAGUCCCAACGAAACUACCUCUCCCAGUCAAGCCCUUUCGAAGAAUGCCGAGUGGAUCGAGGAGAACAAAGAGAAGUUGUGGCGGAAGUGGGCGCCUGACAUGGGGGCAUACAUGAACGAGGCCAAUCCGUACAACAGCAACUGGAAGCAAGACUUCUAUGGCUCGUCUUACCACAGACUCCUGGAGAUCAAGAAGAAGUACGAUCCCGCUGAAAGCUUGUUCGUUUUGUCGGGCGUGGGUAGUGACGGCUGGAAAUAUGACCUACAGGAUGGAACCCUGUGUCGAGUCUAG